ACACCACUAUUCUCGUCUGAUCAAACUUCAAUAAUCAAAACGAAAAGCAGACAACGUACUGUGAAGUUUUAUUUUAUACAUUGUUCCUUUAUUCAUUUGAAGUUCUUUUGUUUCGUAGAUCAACUCGUACACAUAGCAGAGUUUGAAAUAUUGCUCAUCUAUUACCGGAAGGUCUACGCGUCAAUCAAACCUGAACAAAUUUCGAACUUCGAAGUACCCAAAAGACAUACAUCUAAGUAACAAGUAUGGAGAAUGCAAAACCGGCGAAACGUCUUAGAUUAUACUGCUCCGAAAUCAAUUGGAUUGAGAAAGAUAAUAUUGAUACGAAAAGAGUAAGAGUUGAUGGUGCAGAAACAUCCUGCAGAUUAGGAUCAAACAAUUCACAUUUCGUUGAAGUGGUCAAUAUUCAGAAUUGGGAAAGUAUUGAAAUCCCUUGCGAAGAUGACAAAACGCUCGCUGUUUCGGUAUUAACCACGUACUAUCCCGGUGCUGUCGGAUUGAGAUAUUUUUUUGAUGAUCGCGAACGUGCUGUAAAACUAUCCAAUCAAAAACUCUAUCCACCGGAAGACGGAUGGACUGGAAGACCGUUUUAUUGUAUUUAUCCUCAACCUCAACCUCAACGUAAGAAAAAUGAUAGCAGUAAAAUUGAAGCUGACGAUACUUUGGGUAGUUCCGAAUCAGAAACUGAAGAGUUGGCGGUGUUAGGGAUACCUGAGAAUACUACCAGUGCAGAUUUACGUGAUUAUUUUUCGAGAUUUGGUGAUUUAAUGUUCGCUGAGGCCAAUUCGGAGAAGUGUAGAAGGUUUGGUAUAAUCAAAUUCACAGACGAGCGAGCUCAAGCUCAAGUGGUAUCACUGAGACAUAGGAUCCAUGAUCAAUGGUGUGAUGUACUGGUUUAUAAAAAAGCUACUCGUCGUUUACUUAUCAAUGCGUAACGCUGCAAGG